CCUGGAUGGGAUUGUCCCGUGUCCCCUCCCCUGCUUCUGUCCCUGGUGGGACUGUCCCAUGUCCCCUUCCUCGGUGGGAUUGUCCCCUGCUCCAGUGCCUGGAUAGGAUUGUCCCGUGUCCCCUCUCCUGGAUGGGAUUGUCCCCUGUCCCCUCCCCUGCUCCAGUCCCUGGGCGGGAUUGUCCCGUGUCCCCUCUCCUGCUCCUGUCCCAGGGCGGGAUUGUCCCAUGUCCCCUCUCUUGGGUGGGAUUGUCCCGUGUCCCCUCCCCUGCUCCUGUCCCUGGGCGGGAUUGUCCCGUGUCCCCUCCCCUGGAUGGGAUUGUCCCGUGUCCCCUCCCCUGGAUAGGAUUGUCCCGUGUCCCCUCUCCUGGGCGGGAUUGUCCCGUGUCCCCUCUCCUGCUCCUGUCCCAGGGCGGGAUUGUCCCAUGUCCCCUCUCUUGGGCGGGAUUGUCCCGUGUCCCCUCCCCUGCUCCUGUCCCUGGUGGGACUGUCCCGUGUCCCCUCCCCUGCUCCAGUCCCUGGGCGGGAUUGUCCUGUGUCCCCUCCCCUGUCCCCGUCCCUGGGCGGGGUUGUCCCCUGUCCCCUCCCCUGGGCGGGCUUGUCCCCUGUCCCCUCCCCUGGGCGGGCUUGUCCCGUGUCCCCUCCCCUGCUCCAGCCAGGGUCCCUCAGCACACGCACAAUUCCUGCUGGGAUCUGUGGAGGAGCAGGAAGAUCCCGGGAUGUGGGGGCCAUCCAGGCCAGUCCGGUGCUGCUGGGAGAGCCGGGGUGCGCUGGGCUGGCCCAGGGCUGGCCCAGGGGACACUGGGGACAGUGCCGUGCCGGUGUCCCCGCAGCCGGCGCGGCGAGGUGCUGGCCAGCCGCAGGGAUUUCCGCAUGAACACCUCCACCCCGCACGCCUCCGGCGCCUUCCUGCUGGAGCUGGCCGGGCUCUCCCCCACCCACCCGCAGCAGGAGCAGCGCCUGGGCACAGCCACAGCAGCUCCGGGAUCCAGCCCCGCGGAGCGUCCGAGCGCUGGCACGGCCCUGGUGCGGGCACUGAGCUUCUGCGAGGAGGCAGAUGCUGCAGGACCUGACGAUGACGACAUUCCCGGGGCCCCCCUGGGGGAGGACAUGGAAGUGACCCCGGUCCCUAACGAACACAUCGUGGCUCAGAGGAGCACGCCCCGGACCCGGGGGUACAUGCUGCGGGAGAGACCCCCCAGCCCAGACCCCAAAGCCCUCAGCAAGGAGGAGCCCAAUCCGUGGCAGAGCCUCGACCCCUUCGGAGACUCCGAGGAGAAGCCCUUCAGGAAAGGGAGGCCCUUCCUGGUGCCACACGGCCUGGAUGAUGUGGUUGGAGGCAAGAGGAAGAGGAGGGGCCCGAGGAAGCUCCAGGAUUUCACAAGAUGGUUCUCUGCUGCCUACAACAACGUCACAGAGGGCCAGAAAACCAGGAGGAAGGGCCCCACCUUCGCAGACCUGGAGGUGCUGUACUGGCGGCAGUUCAAGGAGCGGCUGGCGGUGCACAGGAAGCUCCAGAGCCGGGGGGAGCUGCUGAGGGAGCCGGAGCCAGAGCUGGAGCAGGAGCACGGCGCCGAUAGCGAGGAAGGGGCAGACAAUGAUUUUGUGGAGCACGAGGACAUGGAGCCCGAGGCACCAGAGGAGCUGGAGGAAGGAAACCUGGACCCCCCUGAACCUGGCUACGAGGAGCUGGUGCGCAGGAACGUGGAGCUGUUCAUGGCCAGCUCCCAGAAGUUCGCGCAGGAGACGGAGCUGUCGCAGCGCAUCCGGCAGUGGGAGGAGCUGGUAGAGCCGCUGCUGCAGGAGCAGGAGAGCCGUGUCCCGUUCGAUGUCCGAGCCUACGGGCUGGCCCUGACCGAGCGCUGUGCGGAGGUGGGCCAGUGGCACUCGCUGGCCAGCCUGGUGGCCGGGCAGCCCCCGUUCGAGGUGUGCCGCUACCUGCUGGCCUCGCUGCAGCUGGCCAACGACGGGGAGGUGGAGCUGGCGCAGGAGCCGGGGCUGGAGGCGGCGCUGGACACGGCGCGGCUGCGGCUGCUCUCGACCCGCCCGGCCCACGAGAGGUUCCAGCACUUCCAGCUGCCCUCCCAGAGGGACCCCGGCCCCCAAUAAACCCCCCCUUUUGCUAAGGAGAGGCCUCUUCCCU